AUUCAACUUACAACCACCAAACCAGCGGUUAACAACAUAUAUACAUAUAGCCAAGCAUGUCUGUAGAAGUCCCUGAAGUGAAAGAACCCAGUAAAUAUGUUGGGUUUGAUUCUAUCACCAACCAAAUUGAAAGUAGAUUAUUGAAGCGUGGAUUCCAAUUCAACAUUAUGGUUGUCGGCAGAAGUGGAUUAGGUAAGAGUACGUUGGUUAACACAUUGUUUUCAUCCAAAUUGACUGAAUCUCAUGGAAGAAGAAGUCCAACUGAUCCUAUUGAAAAGACUACUGAGAUUGAAGUCAGCAGUCAUACCUUGAUCGAAAAUAAUGUUAGAUUGAAUAUUAAUGUUAUUGACACUCCUGGGUUUGGCGAUCAAAUUAAUAACGAAAAAUGUUGGGAACCUUUGGUUAAGUAUGUCAAGGAACAACACUCACAAUAUUUAAGAAGAGAAUUAACCGCCCAAAGAGAAAGAUAUUUGCCUGAUACUCGUGUUCAUUGUAUUUUAUACUUUAUUGCUCCAAAUGGUCAAAAGUUGAGACAAUUGGAUGUUCAAGCAUUGAAGAAAUUGCUGGAAAUUGCCAAUGUUGUUCCUGUAAUUGCCAAAUCCGACGCUUUAACUCUCGAAGAAAGAAGUGAGUUCAAGAAGCUUUUACAAAAGGAGUUUGCCAAGUAUAAAUUCAACAUAUACCCUUAUGAUAGCGAUGAAUUGUAUGAUGAUGAAAGACAAUUGAAUGAAGAUAUAAAGUCAUUGAUUCCAUUUGCUAUUGCUGGUUCUGAAAAAGUAGUUCAAAUAGAUGGCGAAAAAACCAGAGUAAGAACUACCAGAUGGGGUUCUAUCAACAUUGAAGACGUUAGUCAAUGUGAAUUUGUGUUUUUAAGAGAUUUCUUGACUAGAACUCAUUUGCAAGAUUUGAUUGAAACUACUGCUGUUGUUCACUAUGAAACUUUUAGAACUAAACAAUUAAUUGCCUUGAAGGAAAACAAUACCAACAGGCAAUCGGGAAACCCAAUUCCAGAAAAGCAUUAAGCUGGUCAUUUUACUUCAUUUUUUUCUUUUUUUUUAUAGUAUAUAAAAUGUAUGCUCUUUCUUAUUGCAAUAAAUUCUUGGUAUAGUUGAAAAAAUAGCAAACCCGCGUAAGU